CCAAAAUGUCUAUUGCUUUGCUUUUUGUUUAUUAUGAAAAAACUCUAUAUUCUUAACUUCUACUUACAGGUAUCAUAGAUAAAUAAUACUACUAAUACUAAUAAUAAUAAUGGAUUCAGAUGAGACGAUGGACAUUGAAAGAUUACUUUUAAAUUCUCAAGAGCCUAAAGAAAACAGUAUACAAGAGAACGUAUUAGCUAACAAAGAUAACCAGAAGAGUGAGAAGGAUGGACCCAGUGGUGACAAAUCGGAUUUUACUUUCAAAAACUUCCUGGUUUACAGGAAAAGUCACCCUGGGUCUAAAACAAAACGUGCUUUUAAAUGCUGGAAGAAAAACGGUGGCCAAGACUAUGAGGGGUACAAUUGGGUACCCCAAAAAACGUUUAAAAAAAUCAAAAAAAAUAUUUUAAAAAAACAAAUAAAAGACACACAAAAAAAUGUACGAAUAUUACAUUUUCUGGGCACUGUGAAAUCGGGGAAAUACAUUACCAUUAAUUGGUAA